AUGCCAGCGCUGGAUUCAUCACCUGAUGUUGACGCGGAGCAGGCGUACAAUGGCUAUGAGAUCUACUACGACCUGACCAACGCCACCGUCUUCUGGGCCAAACCUGACGGCCACCACGGGGGGAUCCAGGAGAGCUGGGUGGCCGACAAGGCAUCGGCGGGCUAUGAUCAAGGAGAUCAUCUUUGGUGUCCUGAUGGUGGUCCCCUUCCUCGCGGAGAUCCGGCUCAUCUCCGACGGGCUGGAGCAGCUGGCCGAUAUGAUGUCGCUGGUCGGCGACGCCAGCGCGCUGGGCAGCACCAUCUACGGCGUCGUCACCGACCUGGACUCGGCCAAUCUGGAGAUGUGAUUGAGAUCGCCCUGAUGGGGGGGUGGCGCACGUCCGAGGAGUUGGAAGAGGCGGCUAAUGCCCGCCGUGCGUCGACGGAGGAUGAGAUCCGUAGUCUGGGAGCGGAUUGGAAGUCGUGGGAUGAUGAUCUCGCCGAGAUAAGGUCGGUGUGCUAUUGA